CUUUAAAUUAGUAACAGGAAGUAUCCUCUGUUCAUGUACCGUGUUUAUUUUUAGGACUUUGAUCAACAAUGGCGUUUAUUUUUGAUAGACCAGGCUCGGCUAGCUCAGCCUCUGACAGUGGUAGCGGAUCUGGGGAAGACCAUGAUCCUGAGGUUCGAAUAGGGGACAUGGCCACAUCUCCACCAAAAUCUCCGGUCAAACCCCCUAAAAGUCCCUGUAAAACCUCUCUCAUCAAACGUCAGAAGUCACUGAUAGCAGCAAGCUCUAACAAAUCUGUUCGUGUUUAUCAUGCUGGGAUCAGAACUUUGUACACAGCAGGCCGACCACCCUGGUAUGAUUCUCAUGGCUCUCAUAAGGAGGCUUUUGUCAUCGGCGUGUGUGGGGGUAGCGCCUCUGGGAAGACGACUGUGGCCAAGAGAAUCAUAGAAAUGUUGGAUGUGCCCUGGGUCAGUCUUCUGAGCAUGGACUCAUUCUACAAGGUGUUGAGUGAGAAGGAGCACAAGCUGGCUGGGGAGAACGAGUAUAACUUUGAUCAUCCUGAUGCCUUUGACUUUGAUCUUCUGAUCAAGACGCUACAGAGACUAAAGGAAGGCAAGAAUGUAGAAGUACCUAUGUACAACUUCAUCACACAUGGCCGGGACAAACAAACAAAAACUAUUUAUGGUGCCAAUGUAGUGAUAUUUGAGGGGAUCAUGUCAUUCGUCAACAAGGAACUGAUCGAGUUGAUGGACAUGAGGAUAUUUGUUGACACCGACUCUGAUAUUAGACUAGCCCGACGGUUAAAGAGGGACAUUGCAGAACGAGGCAGAGAACUGGAGGGAGUUUUAAAACAGUACAAUAAGUUUGUGAAGCCAGCCUUUGAGCAUUAUAUAGAACCAUCAAUGACACACGCAGACAUCAUCGUACCACGAGGGGGAGAGAAUAAAGUUGCUGUUAGUCUGAUUGUCAUGCAUGUUCAUACGCAACUCCAAAAGAGAGGAUUCAAACUUAGGUCCAAGUUAGCUCUCUCAGCCAACAAUGGAACCAAGAUGCCAGAUUCUCUGUUUGUGUUAGAGAAAACUCCACAAGUGCAGGGGCUCCAUACAUUUAUAAGAAACCGAGAAACUCCAAGAGAUGAGUUCAUAUUCUACUCUAAGAGGCUGAUGCGGUUGCUGUUUGAGUAUGCUAUGUCCAUGCUUCCAUUCAAGUCGGUGAAGGUUGAGACACCUCAGAAUGUACUCUAUGAUGGGAAAAGACUCAAUGCCACCAAGAUGUGUAAUGGUUCUCCAAUAGGACAGACUGAGGUUACUUUAAAAAUAUGUGGGGUUUCUAUACUGCGUGCUGGGGAGACCAUGGAACAGGCGCUGUGUGAAGUAUGUAAGGACAUCAGGCUUGGCAAGAUUCUCAUACAGACCAACUUUGAUACUGGUGAACCAGAGCUGCAUUAUCUCCGACUCCCUAAGGAUAUCAAAGAAAGUCAUGUGAUGUUGAUGGAUGCUACAGUUGCCACUGGAGCAGCAGCCAUGAUGGCAAUAAGGGUUCUGUUGGAUCAUGAUGUUCCCGAGGAAAACAUUCUAUUACUGUCUCUACUAAUGGCCCAGUCAGGUGUACACUCAGUAGCCUACGCCUUCCCUAAGGUGAAGAUUGUCACUACAGCCGUGGAUAAAAACGUCAAUGAUAAAUUCCACAUACUUCCUGGUAUUGGAAAUUUUGGAGACAGAUACUUUGGUACAGAUUUUCCUUGUGAAAGCUGAGACACAAGUGGAAGGAAAGUCUAACAUACCACCAUGGCAAUAUGGCCAUGUCAACCUUCAGAGGUCAGAGGUCAUGGAUCAUAUUUCUAGAAAGAUGUACCCUGAAUAUGUACUGCUAUCCAAGCUGAUAAUGGUGUCGUCUUAGCCACAGAAAUACCUAUGUCUGAAAAAUGUUCCUGCCUUGAAUAUGUACAAUUACUGUAGUGGAUAACAAGGUUGUUAUCAUGGCAACAGUAUUGCCAAGCCUGAAGAAAUGUUCCUAUCCUCAAAGUGUACUGUUACCUGGUCUGGAAAUAUUUGUCAUGACAACAGUACUAUCAAUAGUAAAUAAUGUAUCUAUAAUGACUUACAAGUACAUAUGGGGAUAUGAUACAUUGUUGAAUUACACUCCACCAGUAGCUGUAGUUAACUGCACUGUGAAACACGCCGCCAGUAGCAGAUUUGGUGUAUUUACCCCACUAUAUAAACAAAAUAAUAGUUGUUUCAGUUUUCUAUCACCAUUACUAACAGAAAUCACUAUACAUAGGGUAAAUUGCCGAAGAGGGCAUUUAAGCUGAUUAUUUUAAUUUAUAUAUGGAAAUUAAUGGACAGAAUAAGACUGCUACCUUGAUAAUCCCCUCAAACAUUUGCUAUCUGUUCUAUGUUAUUCCCGGUAGUUACAUAAUAUUGUCUUUCGAGAAUACUGAAAUCUAUUUCCACCCACAAUUGGUGUUUUCUCCAGCAAAGUGACCUUCUUAGCUUACCUGCCCCGUGAGCUUAUGACAUAGCACAGAGUCUGUCUGUACAUCAAGAUGUCUCUUUAAAUUGCUACUAGUCCUGAAUGCCUGAAUUGAUUUUGAUGAAAUUUGUUCUGGAGCAUGAUAAGCUAGUUGUAUAAAUGAGCAGUGUGGCUUUCCGAAGCGGGAGAGAGGGGGCCCAAUGUAGGGGAAAUGUUAAUAAAUAAACUUAAAAAAAAAAAAUUCUUAAAGAGAACAAUAGGAUUUGGUCCAUAUUUUAUUGGAACCAUUUUUGGGAGAGGAAGCUCCAAACGUAGGAAAAUGUUUGUUACAUGAUUUAAAUGAGAGUGUUUUGCCAUGAUUGCUAAAAUAUCCAGGUAAACAAUGUAAGCCCUCUGGGCCUCUUGUGUGUAUGACAUACUUCAGAGCUUUUGUAUCAAAAUAGGGUUAUGCCAUUAUUGCCAUUUUUAACUGCUGGAUUUUUAAGAUACCAGCAUUUAUUGCUUGAAGGAUUCAAUUGAUUGUGUUAUAAAAAUACCAAGUGAUAGGGUGCUAUCUUUAUUGUUUCAUGAAUGAUUUAGGAUAUAUAUCAUUACGGAAGUCUGAUACAUGUUUUGUGAUAUGCUAUAUGCUGUAAAACUGCUCCAAACCAGCAAUUAACAGUACACUGUCAUGAACUGUUUCUGCUUUUCUGAGCAUCAUUUAGCAUCAGCAUAAGACAUGUCUUACAAAUCACUUCACACACGGCACCAAGUAUUACACUUCAGGGUCUUUACAUACAGCAUUUUGAAGUUUGUAUAUUAACGUUGUAUACAAUUGUAUUUUUAGUUUGGUAACAUUUGCCAUUAAGCAUUCAUAAAAUGUUCAUGUUCCACUGUACCUUAAAAGCUCUGAAGUCUACUUUGAUGAUAAAGUGAGAAAUGCUAAUCAUUUUAUAUAAUUCUGUCACUCUAUAUAUUAUGAACAGCAUAACAUGUCAUCUGCAUUUUCCUACAAUUCAUCUACUCAUUUUUAGGUCUUUGAUAUUUUCACCCAUCAUAACUGAAUUUUAAAUGAUAGAAAUAUCUGAAUCUGCUGAUCAUUCAACUGUUAUCUCAGAAAAAAUAUUCAUUCCAAUGAAAUUUUUUACACGGCUAGAUUUGAUGUGAUAUUUUUAAGCUUAAAGAUGAAAAAAUUAUACUGAAUGUUCUAUUGACCUUUUAUAAUUACUAUUCUAGUCGACUGCUCUGUGUGUCCCAGUGUUGUGAGAGUGUAACAAUGUCUAAUGUACCUUAGUACUGAAUAAUAGUUGAUCUUAUACAAUUUUUGUCUCGUGUAAGACCAAAACUAUCUAAAAAAAAAA